UCAGCAUUUCACAUCCGCUUUGCUUUUCUGUGGUAACCGACAAUUCGAGAAUCUCUAUUGUUGCAAUAUCUAACCCCCACAUGUAUCCCGUCUGAACUUACCAUCGAGAUGUCCGAUCCACCCACCAAACGCCGACGCGUCGACGCAGCGCAGAGCACCCUGAGGAAGCCAUUCAGGUCCCCAUUGAAGACGAAGACCGAUUCCCUGAAUACCUUUACUCCGGCGCCUUCUCCACUCCGCAAUGUCAAGGCUACUGUAGCUACGGUUCCAUCACCAACCAAACUGCCUCCAUCACCCACCACCACCACCACCACCACCACCACCACCACCACCGAGUCCCCCACUGAAACUCCCACCAACAACCCAACCACCAACACCCUCCCCUCCCUCACCUCCGCCGAUAAAUCCACCAUCGCCACCCUCACCACUCACCUCACCGCCCUCCGCCGCCAACAAACCACCACAACCAGCGACAUCGACAUUCUCACGACCGCGCUGGCCGUCACGACGCAGAACAAAGACGCUGAGCUAGAGGCGCUAGUCGGCAAGUGGCGCGCGGCGACGAGGACGGCGGCGGAGGAGAUGUGGGCGACGGCGAGGGAGAAGGUGAAUGGGAUGGGGGGGGUGGGGGCGUGGAGAGAACGGGAGCGGGAGAGGAGGAGGAGGGUGGAGGAGUUUAGUAGUGGGGGGUGGAUGGAUGAGAGGGGGGAUGAUGAGAGGGGGGGGGAGGAGGGAGGGGGGGAUGACAAUGAUGGGGAAGAGGGGGGUGAGGAUGAGAGAGAGGAUCGGGGGGAGGAUGGGUUGUUGGACGGGCCGGAUGAUGAGUCGUUUACGAUGGGGAUGAUGCUCCGGAUGAUGGGCAUCGAGUUCGGGACGGUCGGGUAUGAUGACGACCGGGAGGCGUGGAGCGAGGCCACUUGAUGACCGAGGGAGUCCAUGGCUUCUUUUACACUCUAUGGCUCCUCUUGACCAUGCUACGAGAAGGUUGUCGCUGAUUCUCUCUUCACAUAUUCUAUAUUCUUUGCGUGCUUUAUGAUGAAAUGAGGCAUGAUGUUUAUUGCCUCUUUUCUCGAGACGCUACUCGUACUCGGUUUAUUAUAGGGGAUAUGACCGGCGUGGAUGGCCGAGUGGUGAACCGUCACGUAUUCAGAGAGCAGCAUGGAGUUUAAAGACAGGACUUCUAUAGAUACCCACCACGAUUUAUGUCUAUGAAAUUCAAAUAAAUAUGAUCUCGUUCCC